AUGGCUGAUGAGAUUUCUGCUCUUCAUCACACCAAGACUUGGGUUCUUGUUCCUCGCCCUCCCCGUGUCAAUAUUGUUGGUAGCAAGUGGGUGUUCAAGACCAAAAGCAGCAUCCGGAUGCGAGCACUCUAUGGCCUUAAGCAAUCCCCGCGCGCAUGGUAUGCACGUCUCAGUGCACUCCUCGCCGAGCUUGGUUUUCACUCCUAUAAGGCCGACUCCUCGCCGAGCUUGAUUUUCACAACGGGGUUGGAGGCGUCCUACAGUUCAGGGGAGAUGACACUCAUUCAACGGAAUUAUCCACUGGAUCUUUUGCACCGUGUGAGUAUGGAGAAUUGUAGAGCCACCUCUACAUCGUUGGCGACCGGAGAUCUCCUAUCUUGCGAGUCGGGUACUCCACUUGAUGCUGAUGACUCUUUCCGGUAUCGCAAUGUUGUUGGAGGCCUUCAGUAUUUGACUCUCACUCGUCCAGACCUAUCAUUUGCUGUGAAUAAGGUCUGUCAGUUUCUCUCACAUCCCACUGAUGUUCAUUGGGAAGCGGUGAAGCGCAUCUUGCGAUAUGUGAAGGGAACACCGAGUACAGGACUACAUUUUCGUAAAUCUGCCACCACUAGCAUAAGUAUUUUUACUGAUGUCGAUUGGGCAGGUUGUGUUGACGAUCGUCGAUCCACAGGAGGUUUUGCAGUAUUUGUUGGAUCAAACCUCAUCUCUUGGAGUUCCAUGAAGCAGCCAACUGUCUCGAGAUCCAGUACCGAGGCAGAAUAUAAAGCUUUGGCAAAUGGAGCAGCCAAAGCCUUUUGGGUAGAGUCACUACUCAGUGAGCUAGGGAUCUCCCCGCAGCGCAUCCCCCAUUUUGUGGUGUGA